UCAACCCUUGACAACCUUUUUAUACCCCCAACCACCAUCGCGGCAGAACUAUUACAGAGAUGCUUGUUUUCACAUCUCUGUAUUCCUUUUACCACUCUUUCUGUUCAAACAACCCCAAUUCCUAAAGAGGAGUUUUUUAGGUUAUUGGUUUGUGGAAUUCAGAGGCUGAAUGGGACUUGAGACGAAAAGUAAUAAGAGGAACAAGGAGCAUUGCCAAUUGACUAAGGAUAAAGAAACCAAUCCGAAUCCGCUCACCAACACUACUGCCACCAUUUCUGCGAAUAGCAGCCCGAGGAAGAGUCGGCGACGCAACCGUAGGCUGUCCAUGACGCCUGUUCAAAGGCUGUUUGAGACGUGCAAGGGAGUGUUCUCCUCUGGUGGACCUGGCAUUGUUCCUUCUCCAGAGAAUAUCGAAAAGCUACAGGCGGUUUUGGAUGACUUUAAGCCCGGAGAUGUUGGGCUUGCUCCCAAUAUGCCAUAUUUUCGUUCAACCGUUGGCCGGCAAACCCCGGCAAUUACUUACUUGCACCUGUAUGAAUGUGACCAAUUUUCGAUCGGAAUCUUCUGUUUGCCGCCAUCAGGUGUCCUUCCUCUCCAUAAUCACCCAGGAAUGACGGUUUUCAGUAAGCUUCUGUUUGGGACGCUGCACAAAAAGUCUUAUGAUUGGGUGGCUGAUGCCCCUUGUGCAUCAGCUAUUAUGAAUUCUGAAGGAAAGCAUCCUGAUGUCCAGUUGGCUAAGAUGAAGGUCGACUCUGACUUCACUGCUCCUUGCGACACGUCAAUCCUUUAUCCUUCUGAUGGGGGCAACCUUCAUUGCUUCACUGCAGUGACACAGUGCGCAUUGCUUGAUGUUCUUGGCCCUCCAUACUCCACUCCAGAUGGGCGCCACUGCAUGUACUAUUACGACUUCCCUUACACCCAUUUCUCAGUUGACGGCCUCUCAGUGCCGGAAGAGGAGAGGGAACGCUAUGCGUGGCUUCAAGAGAGGGAGAAACCUGAGGAUUUAGCUGUAGUUGGAGCACUGUACAGAGGACCACAAAUUGUUGACAAAUGAGCUCUACCAUAACCAUCUCCGCCAUCCUCACCAUACCAUGCUUUUGGCGGCGCGCGAUACAGUGGAAGCUUUUCUUUUUUUGUUUCAUGUUUAUGUUCACUCGUUCUUUCUUUCUUUCUUUCUUUGGGAACACAGGCAUUUGGCGCCUUUAUAUAUAUAGUUUGUGUGUCUGUACAUAGGAGGAAAUAGAACCAAAGUGUUCUAGGAACAUUGAAAAGGGGGGCUUCAAUAGUUGAAUGAGAAAGUGCUACAAAGUGCACCUUUUUUGGUCACAUUCUCAUCUACACUGUCUUCUGGGUUGGAAUUUGGGGACAAGAUGAAAUGGGAAAUGACGUCUUAUUCCAA